AUGAGUGAAGCAGAGAAAGAAGGGAGAGGCUGCAAGGUCGUUGGUGGCGGGAGAGCUGGUGAGAGUUGUUGUGAUGCUGAGGCUGGAAAUGAUCUUGGGGAUUUUUGUUCCUGCCACCAUCAGACUAGCCCGUCACCAACACCAGACCAGCACGUCACCACCACCAUCAGUCGGUCAACAACCAGACCAGCACCGUCACCACGACCAUCAGUCCUUUUAACACCAGACCAGCAUCGUCACCACCACAUCAGUCUUUUAACACCAGACCAGCACGUCUCCACCACAACAUCAGUCGACCAACACCAAGACGCCAACCGUCCACCGCCACCAUCAAAUCGAUUAACACCAGACCAGCAUCGUCACCACCCACCAUCAGUCGACAAACACCGCCAGCACCGCAACCACCUCAAAACCAGGCCAGGCACCGUCACCGCCACCAUCAGUCGACCAACACCAGACCAGCACCGCCACCGCCACAUCACCGUCACCGCCACCAUCAGACUAGCACCGUCACCACCACCAUCAGUCGACCAACACCAGACCAGCACCGUCACCACCACCAUCAGUCGGUCAACACCAGACCAGUACCGUCACCACCACCAUCAGUCGACCAACACCAGACCAGCACCGUCACCACCACCAUCAACCAGCACCGUCACCACCACCAUCAGUCUUUUAACACCAGACCAGACCGUCCACCACCACCAUCAGUCUUUAACACCAGACCAGCACCGUCCACACCCACCAUCAGUCUUUUACACCAGACCAGCAACCGUCACCACCACCAUCAGUCUUUUAACACCAGACAGCACCGUACCACCACCAUCAGGACCAGCACCGUUCAGUACCAGACCAGCACCGUCACCCCACAUCAGUCUUUUAACACCAGACCAGCACCGUCACCACCACCAUCAGUCUUUUAACACCAGACCAGCACCGUCACCACCACCAUCACCAUCAGUCGAUCAACACCAGACCAGCAUCGUCACCACCACCAUCAGUCUUUUACCACCAGAGCAGCACCGUCACCACACCAUCAGUUUUAAACACCAGACCAGCACCGUCACCACCACCAUCAGUCAUAACACCAGGCAGUCACCACACCAUCAAGUCUUUUUACCGUCACCACCACCAUCAGUCCUUUUAACACCAGACCAGCACCGUCACCACCACCAUCAGUCUUUUAACACCAGACCAGCACCGUCACCACCACCAUCAGUCUUUUAA